GGUGCAAAGUUUCGUCCCAUUUCAGUGGCAUCCUUGAAAUAAAUGUUUUGCACUUUUCAGCAGAGCAAGGGACACUUAUGUGGAUAGAAUUACAAUGAGACCUUUAAACAUCUAAGGAAAUCAUCUCUCCGACUCUUCUCCCUAAGAGUGAGUUUUCUACCAGCAUGAGUUCGGAGUGCACAAGCUACUACAGCGCAGAGAAUGUGUUUAUGAAUGGCUCUUCGUGUCCUAAAGAAGGGAGCGAUCCGAGCGCGACAUUCUGCUGCGGAUUUAACGAUAUCAAGUAUUGCUGUGAUGAUCCCAACAGCUUUUUCCCUUAUGAGUAUGGAUACAUGUGGUGGCUCAGCUUUGGGGCUCUGAUAGGUCUGUCCAUAGCAGCAGUGGUCCUCCUGGCCUUCCUCAUCACAGUCUGUGUCCUCUGCUACCUCUUCAUCGCCACUAAGCCCAGUCGCCUUGACAACGGCCUGCCACUACGACCACCAGGGUUGGACCCCCGUGAGGGCCCCAGCCACUCCGGCCCAGCACCGUCCAUCGGCCCUCAGGGCUUCAGGAAGCACUUCUUCAGCAGGAAGCUGGACUGUGACAACCAGCCACCCGACCCUGAGAGAUUGUUCCAGAGGUGCUUCGUCACCACCGUCAACAUGGAGGGCCCAUCGUAGUGCUCUUAAUAUGUAAGGCACUUUGUAGGAUGCUUAGGAGGUAAUGGAGGGCCCUUCGUAGGACGCAUAAAGGCCCAGUGCAGUCAAAAACGUGAUUUAUUUGUGUUGGAUAUAUAUUUAGGUUGGGAUAAUACUGUGACAUUUUUUUAAUAAUGAUGAUGCCCUAUUAGUGUAAGAGCUGUUUGUAAAAGACUGCCUGAAAUUUCAGCCUGUUUUGGUGGGAUGGAGUUUUGGCCUGACUGGUAACAUCACCAGGCAGUAAAUUGGUUAAUAGAUUAAUAGGCCAAUAAGAAAGAGAGUUCCAAAAACUCAGCCAAUAACAGCUAGUUUUCAGUUUUCUCCUCCUCCUUUCAAAGUUCUUGCAUGAGAAAUUGCUCUUGUUAAGAAGCCAUUGUUUCGUUUUGACCAUUUUGAUUCAAAACAGUCACAUUAAAGGUACUUAACUGUUACCCAGAAAUGAUUUGAUAUUAAGAUAAAAAUGUAUGCAUUGGGCCUUUAAUAUGAAGGGCGCUUCGUAGGACGCUGUCUUCUAAAGGCAGCCAGAUGCUUACUUGUUCUGACUGGAAAUGAGUGUAUAGAAGACUACGCCACACAGUGGGAGGACUGGAGAAGCAACAACCAUUAAUGACCAUGUUCUGUAUGGACUGGAGUAGUACUGAGUUUGUCAACAUUCAAACAGUGGUUGGCUGGUUAACCCACUCUAGAAACAUUUAAGUUGAGCUUCUUUUUUACUGUUGAUGAAAAUAAACUUCAAAAACAGAAAGACAGAAGUCAUACUGGACAACUGUGGAGCCGAAGCUUUGUCUGUCUUGCCUCACCUCUGUAUUCCAAUGUUGUUUGAUGAAGCAAGAGAAAGAACAGAGGGAAAUAUUUUCAGUAAUUAUUUUGUGUUGAGAAAUCCAUUUUAACUGUGUCUGAUUUAACAGAAGCUCGUGUCUUCAAGACAGACACUCUCAGAUAACAAGCUCCUCAAACCAGCAUUACUGAACUUCAACAUCGACAGUUUGUGUGAUUCUUCACCUUCUAUCUGGAAACUGUUUUCGAUCGUCUACGUGUCUGUGUGUAAAAUGUUUAUUUGGUUGAGAAUGUUGCCAAUGGGACAACAAGUGUCUACAGCGUAUUUGCAUCCAAUAGAACUGAUAAGGAAGUAAAUCAGACAUAGCUCAACACAUAACAAACAGAAAGCCUCAGAGUUCCAGUUACCUUAACUUGGCCCCUGUUUUCAAAACGUUCAAGGUGGAAUCCAUAACGGUAAAACUGCCAUAUUACAACAACAAAUAAGUCACUCCCUCUGACAUCUUCAUCAUCAUCAUCAUCAUCAUCAUCAUUCCACGCGCGAUAGACCAACAGCGUACGUACUGUAAUUAUUUAUUUUCACGAUGCUGGACACUCCACAACUCGGUUUCGUCAACAAAAACAAUAACAAAUGUGCUGGCGCGCACAGCGGCGUCGUUUGUCCUUAUGUGGAUUUCAGCUUUAAAAAGGUCAUGUCUGCUAUAAUAUAAAAUACACGAAAUUGCUUGUUGAAACAUUGCAUGUUGAACUGUCAUCUGUAAACGGUCAUGUUGGAUUUUCUCAAAACAUUGAUCAUGGCAGAGAUGAUAGAAUGUUAUGUUCCACCUCCUGUCCAUGCUGCUGUCCCCAUGUUCAGAAACACUUUCAUUAAUGUGGUCAUUGUGUCACCAAUUUGCCAUAUACAAUGGUUGCAUGCCAUGAGGCAUCAGUUGUGUGAGUCACUUCUUUGUUAGUCAUUGCUUCAAAUAGAGAGUAACUUGUCAAAGAGGAAAGAUGUUGCACCUUUAUGAUGUGUUAUCACAGCAGGCACCACGUUUUAUGUUUUCGCAAUCUAUUAAAGUGUGUGGCUGAGUGCACAACACAUUAAAAUGUACUUACAAAAAUAAAUGCAUGUGGCCUUUCAAUAUUCAAAGUGCUUUAUAAAAAUAAAUAAAAAUAUUUCUUUAUAUACAUUUGAAAAAAGUUUGAAGCAGAUGCUAUAUCAAUUUGUGAUCAAACAUGUACAUAAGCUAUCCAAGAGCACGGAGCUCUGACAACAUCCCCAUGUGGUUACAUAAAACACAAACUCAAAACGGGACAACUGUUGACGAGAUCGGGGGUGUUUGGAGCUCACCCUCUCCAACAUGAACAGCAAAACACAGUGUAUGUACAUAAAGUAUAUACACAUUAUAUAUACACUGUAUGUAUCUAUGUACAUAAUCUCCAUAUAUGCCUCCGGAUAAAGAGGAACAUAGGAAUGAAGAGAGUAAAACCAUUCUGCCACUCAGUGUUGAUGACGUCACCAUUUCCAACCACAAUUAAGGGCUCUAUUCAGUCUGUGAACCUGAAGCGUUACAGAUUCCACAAUAGAAAUGUAAAGGUAAUUUUCGACUGAGCCGACAUACCGUGAAUGCAGUCUCCGUUAAAAUCUGGAACAUUACAUUUUCAAUCACCUUGUAAAUCUGAACUCCCAGAACGCGGAUUGAAAAGAGCCCCGAGACAUCAAACAUCUCAUCUUCUAUUCUCCUGCACCUACAACUACGCUGUCCGGACUUCUUUCCCCAUUCCCCUCAUUAUAAAAACAGUGUGAUUAAAGCACUGAGUCAAUAACAGGGAAGAAGGAGUAGACAGAUGUCCAUUAUUUCUCUCAUACACAUGGUUCAAUACAGUCCUUGAGAAGACAGAAAGAUCAGCUUCAAAAGAAUAUUAUCUUCAUCAAGCGAGGACCGCACAAACGAAGCGAUCGAUCGCUGGUGAAGAUAAAUGGGGACGAGAACAAAGUCAUCCCCCAUAACCCCAUACUUAUCUUGAGAACGCUGCAGUGAACACAUAAAUUGAAGCGACAGUAACAUGAGCAUGGUUACCAUUUCCCUACUCAUUAUAAAGUGUGUUGAUGACGUUGAUGACUGUUUGAGAAUCUAAUCAGUUUCCCACAUUGAUUCAAUGUCGUCACAUUGAUUUGUUGUUGUUGUUGUUGAAAUGACAUGGAAACAGUGUUAAUUCAACCAGUUUUUACCCAGGGGGGGGGGGGGCAUGUCAUCAUCAACACUAUGGAUAUAUUGGGGCG